AUGAUGAACCACUUCAACCACCGUGACCUGGCCAAGCUCAGCCGCACAUACGGCGGCUUACUCCACCUCCGCCUCGGAUUUUCCCACAUUUUUGUCGUUUCUUCGCCUGAUAUUGCACGCCAAGUCCUCCAAGUCCAAGACCAAGUUUUCUCUAACCGUCCCACCACAAACGCAAUCCGUUACUUGACCUACGGGAGUUCUGACCUCGCAUUCAGCAAUUACGGCCCAUUUUGGCGUCGGAUGAGGAAACUCUACGUCAUGAUGCUCUUUAGCCGUAAACGGGCCGAGUCGUGGAUCUCCGUGGACGAAGAGGUCCACAAAUCGGUCCGUUUUGUAGCUGUAAAUGUCGGUAAACCACUAAACAUAUGUAAACUCUCAUUCUCUUUAACAAGAGACAUAGUUUUUCGAGCAGCGUUCGGUUCCUCGUCUUCCACGUCUGAUGAAGCCCGACUAGACGAAUUCCUUGAGAUCAUACAAGAGUUCUCUAAGCUCUUUGGUGAGUUUAACGUAGCUGAUUACGCCCCGUCGUGGCUCAGUUGGAUCGACCCGAAAGGGAUAAAUGGGCGGGUCGAGAAAGCCCGAAAGUCUCUCGACGGUUUCAUUGAAUCCAUCAUCAACGAUCACUUACACAAGCAAAAGAGAGAACGUAACAUUGACGACGAAGAGACCGAUAUGGUUGACCAAUUACUUACGUUUUACAAAGAAGAAGCCAAAGUCAACGACUCGGAGACCAAAAUUAAUCUCGAUAACAUUAAAGGCAUCAUCAUGGAUGUCAUGUUCGGAGGAACCGAGACGGUGGCAUUAGCAAUCGAGUGGGUCUUAACGGAGCUACUCCGGAGCCCCGAAAACAUGAUACGGGUCCAAGACGAGCUAGCAAGUGUGGUUGGGCUUAACCAGUGGCGCGUGGAGGACACGCACCUCGAGGAGCUCACAUUCCUAAAAUGUGUACUCAAAGAAACCCUCCGGCUCCACCCGCCCUUCCCUCUUCUCCUCCACGAGACGGUGGAAGACACGGAGGUCUCCGGUUACUUCAUCCCCAAGAAAUCGCGCGUAAUGGUCAACACCCACGCGCUUGGGCGUGACCCGGAUUCAUGGUCCAACCCAGAAAUUUUUAACCCGGAAAGGUUUUUGGACCCGAAUGCUCCGGAUUUGAAGGGGAACAAUUUCGAAUUCCUUCCGUUCGGGUCGGGUCGAAGAUCGUGUCCGGGUAUGCAACUAGGGUUGUAUGCGUUUGAGCUUGCGGUGGCUCAUCUUCUACAUUGCUUUGCUUGGAGAUUACCGGAAGGUAUGAACUCCGGUGACGUAGACACCGUUGAAGGGCCUGGUCUCACCGUUCCUAAGGCGACUCCGUUGGUGGCGGUGCCGACCACGCGCCUCCUUUGCCCUAUCGUGUCUUGA